AUGAAUACAUCGUCCACCAAUCAUGUCAACCAUUCCACACUACUCUCUCAACCUUACAAUCCACUGACCAGAACAUCCUACUCCAAUCAACAAACAUUCAACUUUCACUCCGCCGGCAAUAGUGCAUCACGAAUGGAUUUGGCUCUGGGGCCUCCAUCUGCGCCGUCUCAGCCUCCAAAUUCAAUCUUUCCACCUUUCGAACACUCCCUCAAGAGUGUCAAUAUUGGAGAUUGGAUAGGCAGAAAGAAACCAGUAGACCCAAAACCCUCUAUAACCGAAGACAACGAUAAUUCAUGGAGAGACGUUUAUCGUAAUAUAAAAUGCAUGGACCAACUUUACGAUGCCACUUUCUACUCUUGGCUCAAAUCCGAAGAUAACGUUCUUGUCACCGCCGUAUACCUCCAUCGCAUUGCCAAUGAAUACCCCUUAUUUCGCAUCAUCAACGCUUUAAAAUGGCUUAUCAGCGAUUGGCGAUUAGAAAGCAUCAGUAUUCUGGUCAGGCAUGUUACUGUUGAUUGGAAAGAUGAAGUUGGCGACUUGCGCAGAGCUCACCUGUUACGCCAUCUUACCCACAGCUGGGCCACCCAGUAUACGGCCACCUUGAUCACCACCAUUCUUGCUACUCCUCCUUAUAUGUCAUCCACCAAUCAACAACGUGAACGCUUUUUGCGAGCUUUUGCCCAGGACUGGGAUUUUUCAAAGUUAUCCGAGUUUUUCAUGUAUCUUCAAAGUCGGGCUAAUGUCGAUUACAAGGUAAAGUGCGUCAUGCUGCAAGAAGCCGCUCGACGAGAGCGGGAAACGUUGGGAGCCAAAUUGAAUAAGAAACGAGGAGCAACUACAUCUGCCCUAAUCCCGGAUUACCGGAAAGCCGAUAUCGGAUUACACGAUGAUGUGCAAGUCCCCCCAACUACCGGCGCAGACAAAGAAGUCAUGUCGGUUAUUACUGCUGAAAAAAUGAGAGCCAAUUUGGACACCACCGAUGCCAAUGCGAAGGUUGUCACACCAGCACCUUCUAGUUUGGAAAACUCUGAAGAAAAUACACAGCCUCGGCGGCAUCAUCGACGAACCUCAAGUAAUGAUGUAACCGAUAUCAAACGGUUGAGACUUUCUACACCAAAUUUCGAAAAUGGUAACGAAGAAUCUAGUAAUACUACAGCUCUCUCUUCGUCUGCCUCAUCUUUAGGUCGGAUAAAUAGUGCAAAUGUGGCGAGUUCGGUUCCAUCCGCCUCACCCACUGCCAUAGCAGCAACUAUCAAUACCCGACGAGCGGCUACACCAGAUCAUCGAAUAAGUUCUUCAUCUUUCAAUUGCGAAUUACCGAGUAGUAAUCAAAGCUCCCGCUCAGUUCGACAUGGUAUACCCAGCGACAUCAACUCAUCGCCAUCCACUCCUUCACAACGAUCCCCUACGUCUUCUACAGUCACGUCCUCGACUGCAACUUUCCCCCGCCAUCAUCAUCACUAUCAUCCGUAUGCUUCUUCCGCUCACUCGCCCAUUUCUCAAGCAACAAGACGACGCUCCAGUUCGGGUGCAUCCACCUCAUCUACUACCGUUGCAUCGUCAGAGGUUGUCGCCAGUAGGGUGGAUGAGGAAUGUGACAUGGAUGAUAUGGCCACUUCCAAGCGACGGGCUCUUAUCUGA